UACGAUGAUCUGUUAAUCAUGUGGUCGUGAAUAGUCAUUAAUUGCGGUGUGUGUCGAGAAAUAGACAAUCCACAGGCAAAUACAAUAAUGGAAGAAACUCCGGCGACCGGCGCCGCCGCAAAAAGGGUGUUGCUGGUCAUAAACUGCAUAAUCCUCGCCGUCGGGAACUGCGGCGGACCUCUGAUCAUGCGCCUCUACUUCCUCCGCGGCGGCCGCCGGAUCUGGUUUUCCAGCUGGCUCGAGACUGCCGGAUGGCCGGUGAUGCUAAUCCCUCUCCUCGUCAGCUACACGCGCCGCCGGCGGAGACCUAUAUCCACGCGCGUGAUCCUCGCCGCGGCGGUCGUCGGAACCCUCACCGGAGUCGACAACUACCUCUACGCCUACGGCGUCGCGAAGCUGCCGGUGUCGACGUCGGCGCUGAUCAUCGCGACGCAGCUGGCGUUCACGGCGGCGUUCGCGUUUCUGAUGGUGAAGCAGCGGUUCACGGCGGCGUCGAUCAACGCCAUCGUUUUGCUGACGGUCGGCGCCGUCGUGCUGGGCCUCCACGCGAACGGCGACCGGCCGAACGGCGAGUCGAACCGGGAGUAUUUUUUAGGAUUUUUUCUGACGCUGGCGGCGGCGGCACUGUACGGACUGGUGCUUCCGGCGGUGGAGCUGAUUUAUAAGAAGGCGGAGGCGGCGAGCUACACGGUGGUGCUGGAGAUUCAGAUCGUCAUGUGCUUUUUUGCUACGCUUUUUUGUACCGUCGGAAUGCUCGUCAACAAAGAUUUCCAGGCAAUUCCAAGAGAAGCAAGGGAAUUCGAAUUAGGGAAAUGGAAAUACUACAUGGUAAUUGGAUGGAGUUCGAUAAUCUGGCAGUGUUUCUUCCUGGGAGCCAUUGGAGUCAUCUUCUACGCAUCAUCUCUUCUGUCUGCCAUUAUCAUCACUGUCCUGCUCCCUGCAGUUGAAAUCCUUGCUGUCAUCUUCUACCAUGAAAAAUUCCAGCCUGAGAAAGGCAUCUCUCUCUUCCUCUCUCUCUGGGGAUUCAUUUCCUAUUUCUAUGGUGAGAUCAAGCAGACCAAGAAGAAGACCAGAAACAACAAUAACACAACAACAGAUUCUAACAACGAUCAGACAGUUGCAGAUGAAGAACAACCUCAGCUGCCUCAUGAUGCUCGUGUCCCUUGAAAGGUCCCGGGACCUCAGCACCACGUUUUAAGACUAUAUAGGCUCUCUAUGUAUGUGUGUGUGGUAGGAGAUAUAUGACUGAACUAAUAAUAAUUAGUUGCAAUUUAAUAUAUAUAUAUACACAUAGGCUGUAAUAAUUGUCACAGCUUCUUUUUAAUUUGGGGCUUUUAUUGAGUCGAGUUUUUACUUUUGUCA